GUCACGAGCGCUUCCGGGUUCAGCGGCGGAGGAGGAGGCAGCCAUGCCGCUGCACAAGGUGCCUCCGCGUCUGUGGGACGCGCUGCGGCUGGAGCAAGGCAUCGCCGCCCGGCUCCCGGCUCACGUCCGGCGCGUUCUGCGGGAAGAGGCCUCUGCGUGCCAGCCCUCCUCCGCGGCGCCCGCCGUCCAUUGGCGCCCGCGCGGGGUCCGCUACGUCCAGCGUUACGAGGGCGCCCCCCGGUGGCACCGGCAGCGCGUGCAGGACGUGCCCGUGCAGCCCUACUUCCCGCCCGAGAGCCAGCAGGGCCUCUGGGGCGGCGAGGGAUGGGUCUCCGGCUUCCGCUACGCCAAGAACGACAAGCUCUCAAACCGAGUGAAGAAGAUCUGGAAGCCGCAGCUCUUCACACGGGAGCUCUACAGUGAGAUCCUGGACCGGAAGCUGAUCAUCACGGUCACGGCACGGACGCUGGACCUCAUUGACGCCGCCUUCGGGCUGGACUUCUACCUCCUGAAGACGCCGAAGGCUGAGCUGUGCUCCAAGCUGGGUAUGGACCUGAAGCGCACGCUGCUGUUGCGCCUGGCCAGGAAGGACCCUUCCCUGCACCCGCAGGACCCUGCCCGUCGGGAGGCUAUCUAUGCCAAGUACAAGGAGUUUGUCAUCCCAGAGGAAGAAGCUGAGUGGGUUGGCCUGACCUUGGAAGAAGCCAUAGAAAAGCAGCGAGUUCUGGAGAAGAAGGAUCCCGUUCCCCUCUUCAAGGUCUAUGCAGAAGAGCUGAUGCAGCAGUUUCAGGAACAGAGGCUAUCGGAGUCUGCUGAAGGCCAGAAGCCCUGAGGAGGGGCAGCCCCUUUGGACUUGGUGGACAUCUCAUUCCCUUUGGGUUCAGUGGAAUGGGGUGAUGCUUCAGAGCAUGGCUGGAUCUGGGGCUGUCUGGGAGGAAGGAAGGUGUGGGGCCCUUCUAAGGGGGGAGUUGUGGUGAAGGGCGCACACCUGAGGUGUGCUGUCCUGAACAGCCCUUGAGCGGCAGCACUAAUAAAAACAAGCUUGCUCUCUC